GGGCGGGACAGACAGAGUAGCCGCCGCCCGGACAGGAUGGGGGUGAGCAGAGCCGCAGGGGUUCCCCGGCGGACGGGCUAGUGACUCCCGGGGCGGAGCGGCAGGAGCGGGAGCCGCCCGCCCGUUCCCCCCUUCCCCCCGCCUCCCGCUCGGCCCGGCCAUGGAGGAGGAGGGCACGAAGGAGGGUGGUGAAAAACUCCGGGGUGCCCAGAUGGCAGAUAAGGCUGGAUGGAUCAAGAAGAGCAGUGGGGGCCUCCUGGGACUUUGGAAAGACCGAUAUCUCCUGCUCUGCAAGGCGCAACUUCUUGUCUACGAGAAUGAGGAUGAGCAGAACUGCAUAGAGACUGUAGAACUGGGAAGCUAUGAGAAGUGCCAAGACUAUCGAGCUCUCUUAAAGAAGAAGCAUCGGUUUAUUUUGCUUCGAUCUCCUGGGAACAAGGUUCAUGACAUCAAAUUCCAGGCUCAGAAUGGGGAGGAGAAGGAGUCCUGGAUCAAAGCCCUCAAUGAAGGCAUCAACAAAGGCAAGAACAAAGCCUUUGAUGAGGUUAAGGUGGACAAAAGCUGUGCCCUGGAACAUGUGACCCGAGAUCGGGUGAGAGGGGGACAGCGGCGCCGGCCACCUACAAGAAUCCACCUGAAAGAGGUGGCCAGUGCUGCAUCAGAUGGGCUGUCGAGGCUGGACCUUGAUGUGCCAGACAGUGAGCCCCCCUCUUUCACUUCCAGCAACAACAUCAGUGAUUCUCCCCCUACAGGAGUACCUCGACCACCCAUGCCUCCAACCAAACCCUCCCAGGAUCCAGAGAAGGCAAAUUUGGAAGGUAGUGCUGAAAAACCAGAGGUGGAGGAGAGCAUCCCAACUCCUGUGUCUGAUAAUUCCCAGGACCAUCCUGAGCACCAGGGUAUGGCAGAAACAACUGAGGAGGACUUGGAAACCUUAACCCUGCCUGGGGGUAGUAAGGAGAACCUGACGGAAGGAAAUAAGCCUCCUGAGCCACCUCCCAAGGUCCAGCCUGACAAACUGAAAGUAAGCUGGGAAAAUCCAAGCCCAGAGCCUCCCAUUCCUGUGGGCAAAGAAUCAGAUCAACUCACCAGUUCAGAGACUGCUUCCAAGGAGGGAGGGAAACCCCCGGCCCCUCCACCAAAGAUCCUGUCUGAGAAAUUGAAAGCAGCUCUGAAGGGGAGUGAGACCACCAGUCUAGAGCAAUGCCAGGACUCCCAGGCUUCCGAGACCUCCGAUCCUGAUCCAGGUUGCUCCCAAGUUUCAGUGAAUGGCCUGAAUGACCAUGCGAAUGGGGUUGAACCCAUUCUAGAAUCGUGUCUGCAGGGAGCUGUAGAGAAUAGAGGCGACCAGAAGACGCCCUUGAAGGAGGGAGAGGGGCAGCUAGCUCCUUCAGAGUCCAGCUCAGCCAUCUUAGAGGACAAGGGAGCCCAGGAGGGCUCAGGGGCAACCCUCCAGGAUAGACCCCCUGUACUGCCACCACUGCAGCCCCGAUGUGCCUCCCUUGGGAACCUGCUGACUGAGAAUGACAAGGGUCAAGGCCUGCUCUGGGACAGGCGCCAGCUGGUCAGUAUGGAGAAGAAGGUGACUUCUGAAAGGGAAAAGACUGAACAGCUCUUGAGCCAGGUCCUAGGCAGGGAGUUGGAGCAUGCCCAGGAGGGAAACGGACCCCCUGUAAAUGCUGAGACAUUGCUCAACCAGGCAGUAGAGCAGCUGAGGCAAGCGACCCAAGUCUUGCAAGAAAUUAAAGUUUUAGGAGAACUGAACAAGGAACCACCGACCACCCUGACAGAGAAGCAGAAAGAAAAGCAGAAGGACCUAGUGACUCUGUAUAGGAGAAGUGCUCCCUAGGACAUGCUGAAGCACUUUUUUUCUUCUUUUUUUCCCUUUUAUGGUCUCCUUCAAAAUUUUUAUUCACCAAUGCUGUUACUGGGCCAACAGACGGUCAUAAGACUGGUCUUGGCCCUACCCUUUGUCCAGCUACUUUCUUUGCAAUGGCCCCCCUUCCCUCUUCUUUUUAAUGCUCUCUUUCUAGUGAAGUCUUCUCUUCAUCCAUAUGGAGGGAUGACAGCCUGCUGGCUCAUAAACCAGUCGAUCACAUGUCUCCAUCUCACAGCCCUCCAGGGUCUCCAUCUAACCCCAAAUAGCUGGAUAUACCCAGGAUGCCUCAGGGUGCUCGGCCUCAGACACAGGGAAGGGGAUCCUUCUAGGGGUGCCCAUGAAUAUCCAAGCUCAUCUCUGCUGUGUGGUCUCUAGCUAGAACAUCUCUCCUUACCGUCUGGCCAUCUGCAUCCUCAUCUGAAGGUGAAAUCAGGCUGGUGGUGGACCAAUCAGGAGAGAAAAGGCAUCUUUGAAAGGAAGGCCAGUUAUGCCAGAAGAGAACAGUCAUACGCUGUAACUGUUCUGGAAAUUCUGUUCCCCCUCCUCUCAGUGUUGUUGCCUGACAAUAUUCAUGGGUUGAGUCUAGAACUAGGGCUUUCCCAACGUGGUCUAGGCUGGAGCUAUCAAUCAGCCCAAGAGAGAGCUAGUAAGUGGGACACACCAUUUAGCCAGGAUUCACCAGGGAUUGAUGGUCCCUACCGACAAAGCCAGUUGUAUUUCUUGGGUUGUGGUUCCCUCUGCCAUUAUCCUGAUACCCUACAUGGGCAGCACAGAGAGAUAGGAGUGACAAUAGUGUCCGCUACCCACUCAGGGAGAAAAGUCAAGGCUGCCUUUGAUCAUUCUUAAUGUCUCAGUAUUUGUUGUCUUAGCCACUUUGGUUUAGCUUUGGGCCCAUUAUUAGCCCUAUGUCCUGAAGGGGGUUGUGGGUGUGCAAGAGUUUACAUUCUGGGCUCCAGAGCACAUCAUUUGUUGUGUCCUUUGGGGAAAAGGGAAUUUGGGGGCAACUUCAUUUCAUCAUUGUCCUUCAGGGACUAUGUAGACGGACUGUCUACCUAUACGUAGCAAAAAAGAGUUUGAGUCUUUCUACUUUUCGGUUCCUAAAACUCAAGCCGUCAGGCUGAGACCCUUUCCCAGACUGGUAGGGGGUUGCUGCUGCAGAAUGAGGAGGGAUAAGGAGUGCUGGGCCUUAGGGGACCAAUUAGCUAUGGAAUUCUGAGCCCACAUAAGUUUCCAUGAUUCUCUUUGGAAGGGCUCUCAAGGGCUUACCUGAUUCAUCCCCCUACUUUUGUGCAGGGUUGUGACCCAGACUAUCAAUUUCUUAAAUUCUUACAUUAAUUUCAGUGGACACUAAAAAGAACCAUUUUUUUAGACUGAAAAAUAAACACACCUCCGGAGGAUCCUAAUUUUUGUCCUCCUCAAAUGACAUUUACAUUUAUGCCGUCUAUAUACUUAGCCUCCUUCCUUCACCUGGAUUGGUUAAAUUGUCAAUCAGGCCACUUCUUGUAAAUGACCACAAACAUUCAUUGGAGUGGUGUUAGUUAUAGUAAUUGAAUGAGUAAUUCCUCUCAGCCAUACCAGUGGAUAACCAGCCCAGCCCAGGCCAGACAAGUGAUUCCUGGUGAUUUCCACCAAGGUCAAUGUGGAUGAUCUGGGAUAGAGUUGGACCGUGUGGGGACUUGUGCCCUCCUCUGUCCUCAACCUUUCCCCCUCCUAAUCACACACCUACUUUUCCCUGGGGCUGGAGAUUGGGAUGGUUCAGUGGAAAGAAGGAAGGACCAGUGAAGUGAUAGGAAUUACAUUUUCCCUACCUUUCUUUCCCUGGCUUCAUAACUGUCUCCACUUCCGGGGUUUGUAGGGGGAGGAAGGGGCAGGGUGGUAUAAGGGAGAUGUUAUAGUCAAUUUGCUUUGUGUGUCAUCUUCAGCCAAUCGUCAUCUAUCAGCCAAGAUCGGAUUCUGCGUUUUCAGCUGCUUCCCCAGAAGAAGCCUGGAGCUCAAUAUCCCCCCGUUAUAGCCACAGAAUGCCUGCUCAGGAGCCUAACCUACUCUGGAAAUUUCACAAAAGGCCCCCCAAAGUCUAUGCUGGGGUCAGACAUUUUCUGGGCUUUUUUUUUUUGCAUGAGCACUUUUUGUUUAGUGAAGGAUUAAAAAAAAGAGAGAAUGCCACCAUGGACCUUCCUAAUAAUGCAGCACCUGGCACAGUGCCUUGCAUACAGUAGUCAUUUAAUGUUGGAAUUGUGGGCUGGCCUUUGUCAAGCAAGGGCAUUGGCUACAGCAGAAAUUAGUAAUGCAAACUGAUGCCUUAUUUACUGAAAUUUUCUCUUGUAACACAAGAUAGUGCCAUGAUUAAGCUGGCCUUUCUCCAGGGUGGUGCUGGAGGUAUGGGGUGUAAUUGGAAUCGUUCCUAGAAUUCUGCUUUAGAGAGGUGUGUGGGGACUUGUUUGCUGACAGUCUUCAGCUCCCUCUAACUUUGAGACACACACCUCGGUUGUCCACAACACUGAGGGUUGAAUGGGGAUAGGAGAUGGGGUGGAUUUCCCAUUCCUGGAGGUCACUGUAGGGCCUCUGAUUACUGGGAAGUGACAGUAAGCAGGGUGUGGAGAGAAAAGUUUGAGGGUCUCCAGGAGGAGGUGGCACCCUGGAGUAGGCAGCAGGCUUAUAUUUCAUGUAAAUAAGAGCCAAUGUGUACAUUAUACAAAGGAUUCCCACCAUCCUCUCUUUCCCUAUAGGGACAACCCUCCCCACCUCCACCUCUCUAGGGGUGCUAGUUUAAAAAACUGAAUCAUUGGUCUACAUUGAUCUGUUGUGUCCUGUCCCAGUCAACUCCCUUUUAAGGCCAGUUUGGUAUGAGCUCCACAUAUGGGGUUCCCCUUUCUUAAUGAAAGAGGUCCUUGGAAGGGAUGAGGGGACAAUAAAUGUGAAUGGUGGUGGCUUCACUGGCCUGGCCAGAGGAGGAGGAGGAGAAAUAGCAUUCCGUGUCUUUUGCUUCUAGUACACAACAUAAUUUUUGAGAGUUGGCAAUAAAACCCCUUUUUAAGUA